GGAAGUACACGAAGAAGAAGCAAACCCGCGAUUCCCAAGCAGGGAUCAUGUCACAUCACUUCAGAUUAAAAAUAAUGUAAUAAUACGACAUUAUUUGGAUGUCAAAACGUCUUUAUAUAGAAUACGUGAUGCUUUACGUAGACGUGUGGUGUACGGCACAGCGACACGAAGCAUACGCGUUGCUGUGAUGUUAGCUCAGUUCGUUUUUAGUGAAGAAAUUGUCAGAAAAUGGAAGAAAUUGUGAUGGAAUCAGACUCGGUUGAGGUGUCGGGGUCGGCUUCUUGUGUCGGCGUCGCUGUCGCGUGGGAAACGGUCACCACGGCUCUGGUGUCUCCUGGCAGCUCGGUGGACGAUCAGAGCCUCUCGAACUCCCUGACUCUGCUGUGCAGUCAGGGUCUGGACCGGCUCCUGUGCAGCUGGCUGCUGGAGACUCUGCAGAUGCGUUUGUCAGCCUGUGUGGCUCCUGAGUUCUGGCGUGGACUGGAGCAGCCGGAGAACGAGCUGGAGGAGAGAGACCGGGCCUCGGUCCUCCUCGCCGCCUUUCGGACCCUGUUGGACCGGCUGGAACCUUUUCUGGGUGGUUUGCAGCGGCUGGGAAUGUGGCAGGAUGAGGGUCGUGGGGGCCUAUGUGGCCCGGGGCCCUCUGGCCUCCAGGAGCGGGCCUUCACCAUCAUCAGGGCCCUCCUCCUUUUCUCCCCGGCUCCGAUUCUCCAGGAGCGUGUGCUGGAGUUUUACAGCAGGACGUUCUCUGUGUACAUGAACCAGCAGGGGGAGUGCGAGGAUGGGGCCGAGGUCCCUGACGCAGCAGGGGGAGGAGUUUGCCGUGGCUGCGGGGUUCUGAUGCCACACUGCUGGUGUCAGGAGGCUGUGGAGAAACUUCAGGAGCUGAGUCACAUACUGUCCAAACUGCAGCUGCUGGAGUGGGUCAGCUCCGAGUCCGUCACCUCCAUCCUCCACAAGCUCAUCGAGCAGCGGAUGGAACAGCACUGCCGAGGCGAGUACGAAUGCUCCUUCCUGCUGGAGUUCCAGGAGUGGCUGGAGCUCGUGCUCGGCUGGCUCAGCAAAGUGUUCGCAAGUGAGGCCGACACAAACGGUCCAGUACGCAGUCCCAGUGUUCCCAGUGCCAGCUCCAUCCUGAAGCAGUGGAGAUGUCACAUGCACCAGUUCUUCUGCAGGAUCUAUGUGAACAUGAGGAUCGAGGAGCUCUUCAGCAUCAUCAGAGAUUUCCCAGAAUCCAAAGCUGCCAUCGAGGACCUGAAGUUUUGUCUGGAAAGAACGAACCAGAGGCAGCAGCUUCUCACAUCGUUAAAAUCUGCUUUCGAGAGUCGACUCCUGCAUCCAGGCGUUCACACGUCCGACAUCCUCACAGUUUACAUCUCUGCCAUCAAGGCCCUCAGAGAGCUGGACCCGUCCAUGGUCAUCCUGCAGGUCGCCUGCCAACCGAUCCGCAAAUACCUCAGGACUCGUGAGGACACAGUGAGGCAGAUCGUGGCUGGACUCACCGGAGACGCAGAGGGCUGCACUGAUUUGGCGUCCGAGCUGUCCAGAGGAGACCCGGUGACUCUGGAGAUGCAGGACAGUGACGAGGAAGGCAACGACCCAGAGGACUGGACUCCUGACCCCACAGAUGCCUUGCCAGAUAAAAUGGGCUCCAAACGUCGGUCGUCAGACAUCAUCAGCCUGCUGGUCAGCAUCUACGGCAGCAAGGACAUCUUCAUAGACGAGUACCGGGCCGUCCUGGCUGACCGACUGCUGCACCAACUCAACUACAACACUGCCAGGGAGAUUCGUAACGUGGAGCUGCUGAAGCUCCGGUUCGGGGAGUCUCACAUGCAUUACUGUGAAGUCAUGUUGAAGGACAUGGCGGACUCCCGCAGGAUCAACACUAACAUCCGCGAGGAGGAGUCGAGGCUCGGCGAGGACGAGCAGCCGCCGCUCUCGUUGUCUGCCAUCAUCCUGUCAUCAGAGUUCUGGCCUCCGCUGAAGGAGGAGAAGCUGGAGCUGCCGCCGCCAAUCUGCCAGGCCAUGGAGGCGUACACCCACCGCUACGAGAAGCUCAAGGCCAUGAGGACACUGAGCUGGAAGCCUCACCUGGGUUCAGUGACUCUGGACCUGGAGCUGGAGGAUCGGACGCUCACCAACCUCACCGUGUCGCCCAUUCACGCAGCCAUCAUCCUGCACUUCCAGGACAAGAGCUCUUGGACACUGGAGGAGCUGAGCGUGAAGCUGGGAGCUCCGAAGGAUCUGGUGCACCGGAAGAUAGCUCUGUGGCAGCAGCACGGUGUGCUGAAGGAAGAGGCGGGGGGGCGCUACUAUGUGGUGGAGACGGGCUCGUCCAAAGAGAAGCUGGAGAGGAGCGUGAUGCUGAUCGACAGCGACGAGGAGAGAGACUCCAACACAACCACCCAGUCUGAGCAGAGGGAGGAGAAGCUGCAGCUGUUCUGGGCCUACAUUCAGGCCAUGCUGACGAACCUGGACAGCAUGACUCUGGACAGAAUCCACUCCAUGCUGCGGAUGUUCGUGGCCACAGGACCCGUGGUGACAGAGAUGGACGUGAACGAGCUGGAGGCCUUCCUGCAGAGGAAGGUCCGGGAGCAUCAGCUGAUGGUCUCUGCAGGUGUGUACAGACUCCCCAAGUCCAACUGAUGAUGUGUUCAGGUUCUGUGAGAAAUCUUCUCACAGUCCCAGUUCUUCAGACUGUCUCCUGUUUGUCUGUCUGGUUUUUCAAAAUAAAGGCACUUUACGCCUUCCUCUGCAGCUGAAAAUGUAAAAGUGAAAGUUCUUGGUGUCG